UAUAUACAAAUAUUCAAUUUCCUUCUUCCUCCUUCCCUUUUUUAGACCCAUUAUCUCAACAUUUUCUUGUCUGUUCAAUGAGUAUUGGUGCUUUUAUUAUGUUAUGCUGGCAGUGAAAAUAAUUGCUCUUGCCUCAAUACUGCAUUUUAUCGUCUCCAUUCUUUGUCUUCCCUUAUUUGUAGAUGUUUAUUAUUUGUUUUUAGAGCAAGAUUGCUCCAUUGAUUACUUGAAAUAUAUGAAGAACUUAUUUAUUUAUUUUUAUUUUUACUUCUUUCAAUCAUCUGAUUAUAGAAACAUCACAAGAAGUCAGUGCUCACCGCCUCACCCACCCAGCCUCUACCAUAAUCUUCUAUCUGCUUCUCGAUGCUCAUCCAGCACCACCAGCGUCUGCUAUCUUCGCCGCUGCUCCUCUGUUUUGCAGCCUCUGAGCCGCGAACUCCAUCGCCGCUUCCAUCUUCACCUGGCCCUUGAACACCCUUAACUUACACCACGAGGACCACGACUCCGCCUUUUGCCUUCUUUGAUUCUGCCUGCUGCUCUUCUGCCCUGUGCUAUCCGGUUCUGCCCUAAUUUCCACCAUCUUCUAGGCAGAAGUUUAUGGUUAAGGUCUUUCAAGCAGAUUUUGUUAAAACAUUGAUCGUGUCAUGACAAGGUUUUGUGAUAUGCUGAAGGAUUGGAUAAAUCUAUCGAGGUAUUGCGAAGAGUAUAUCAAUGGUGUUAUUAGUUUCUUAGACUUUGCAUACUCUGAGGAAGAACCGGACAGACAACAAAUUGAAUGUCCUUGUAAGAGGUGUUGUAAUAUUGAGUGGUAUAAAAGAGAUGUGGUAUUUGACCAUUUAGUAGCCGACGGAUUUGUUAAGGGAUAUAGAACAUGGAUUAAUCACGGGGAAUGGACAAUCCCGAUGGUGGUUGAUGAUAACAGGGAUGAUGAAAAAGGUGCACGCAAUGACAUCGAAGGACUACUUAAUGAUACAUUUGGAGAUGUGCCUCACGCUGAGGGUGUUACUGUAGGCCAAAAUGAAAAGGCUAAAAAGUUUUACAAUUUAAUAGAUGGGGCAAGUCAAGAGUUAUACCCGGGUUGUAAGAAAUUUUUUACAUUGAAUCAGGAAACACAGAAUGCUAUUGAAGACUUCCAAAACCUCCAAGCUGCUUGUGAAACAGAAGAGGAAGUAUUUGAGGCCUUAUUCAGGAAAGAACAACUAGGUCGGCACAAAGAGGAAGUGACAACUUUGAAGGAUAAGCUUGGAGACAUGGAGGCCAAACUGCAGAAACAAGAGGAAAAUAUUCAUGGGUUGUGGAAUAUGGUCAAGUUAAUACUACAGCGAUCUAAACCUGGAAUGAGGUCAAAAGAACUUGAAGCUUUAUUACAAGACGCCCAACACUCUCCAAUUGAUACGAAUAGCGCUCAUGGAGCAACUCAUUUUCCAAAACAUAGAUGUGCUACUUGCGAGGCAGCAGAUCCUGCCACUACCACGAAGCCUCGGCUGCUUGUAAUUACUACUUCAAUUCGACACUUAAGUGGGAUCACUACUCUACCAAAUUGCUUUAAUGAUUUUCUAAUAGAAAUAGAAGUAGAAUCUUUUUUCUUUCAAAAUAGAAUCUUUGACCGCUGAGGCUUUAGCUUAGUGGUCCAUUAUCAUUUCUCUUAUAAUGUUGUACCCAAGUCUCACUAGACACUAGAGACAGUAGGUUGCACACUGAAACAUAAAUAAAGAAGAUAUA